AUGACUUUCGUACCUCCGCCAGCGUCGAAUGGGAGGAAGAACAUCGUCAUCGUAGGCGGGAGUUAUGCCGGCCUCUGGGCCAUCAACCAGCUGACGGAGAAAACACACAAGACGCACCGCGUCAUCCUCAUCGAACAACACACCCACUACAACUACCUCUUCGCCUUUCCCCGCUUCGCCACAGUACCCGGCUACGAACACAAAGCCUUCAUCCCCUUCCGCGGACUCGUCAACCAGGAAAAAUUCCCCGGCGACCCGGUCGUCGUGUGCGCGAAGGUAGUGGACGUGAGGAGCGAUCGGGUCAUUGUCGAAAAGACGAUCGCGGAGGGUGAGGAGGGUGAGGGAAAGGAAGGGGAGAGGGAGGAGAUAGAGUUUGAGUAUCUUGUACUGUGUUCCGGGACCAAGUUGGUUCCGCCGGCGAAUGUGCCGACGAUGGGCAAGCCGGCGGGCAUUCAGUGGUUCAGGGAUCAUCAGGCGAAGGUGAAGAAUGCGGAGAAGGUCGUGCUUGUUGGUGCUGGUGCCGUUGGUGUCCAGAUGGCCGCUGACAUCAAAGACUAUUAUCCGAAUAAAUCGGUCACUCUGAUUCACUCGAGGACACACCUGAUGAACCGCUUCCACCCGAAGCUUCACGAGAUGGUCGCAGAGCGAUUCAAAGAGCUCGGCGUGGAAGUCAUCUUGAACGAUCGGGUCAAGAUUCCAGAAGGGGGUUUCCCAAGCGGCGGGCCUACGUUCGACGUCGAACUGUCAUCGGGCAGGAAGGUCCCCACAGAUUUCGUCAUCCCAACAAUAGGAAUGACCCCAAACUCAGCCUACAUGAAACACCUCACCCCUUCCUCGAUCCUGACCUCCCCCUGGGGCUUCAUCUCCAUCAAACCGACGCUGCAAAUCUCAGACCCGAAAUACCCACACAUCUUCGUCAUGGGCGAUAUCGCGAACACGACGCACCAGAAGGCGGCGCGGCCGGCGUAUUACCACGCGACGACCGUGGCGAACAAUAUCGGGAAGCUCAUUGAUGCACGGGCAGGGAAAGGGGAGAAGGAGGGAGAGGUGAAGUUGACGGAGUUGGAGGAGUAUCCGGCGGUGCCGACGGGGAUAUUGUUGAGUCAGGGGAUCACUCGGAGGCUGGACUUCUGGGACCCUGAGAAGGAAGGGGACGAGCCGAAGUACGAGUGGAAGUUGAACUCGCAGGAAAAUUAUGGGAUCGACGAUGUGUGGGCGAGGUGGGCCCCGGGGUUGACGGAUUACUGGGAGUAA